AUGAUAGAAGACUACUUCUCAAUCCAGAUCUUCUUCAUCAUCCUCAGGGAGACGUUGGAGACCGCGAUUAUCAUUUCGGUUCUCUUGUCGUUCAUCAAUCAAAGAUCUCAAACAUCAGCCGUUCAGGGUCCACAGCAAUCCCAGAAUUUUGACAGGGUACAGAGUAAGUUGAAACUCCAAGUCUGGGUCGGUGCCAUCCUUGGCUUACUUAUCUGUUUCGUCAUAGGCUUGGUUUUUAUCGCAUGCUUCUACUUCAUCGGUAAGGACUACUGGUCCUACGCGGAGCGGCUAUGGGAAGGGGUGUUCUCGCUUCUUUCCAGUAUGAUCAUCACCGUCAUGGGCAUAGGCUUGCUCCGGAUCAACAAGGUCAUGAAGGUCAAGUGGUGGAUCAAGUUGGGAGACGCUUACAACGAGACAGAGUCCGGUGACAAGAAUGCAGUGACUGGCUUAGACGACUCUGACGACCUUGCCCGUGACAGUCUUGACAGCUCCACUCCGUUGGUGGGACAAGGACCCAGUGCUUUGGCCCCCAAGCCAAAGGCCAAGUUUACCAAGCGCUACUUCUUGGCCAUCCUUCCGUUGAUUACCACCCUUAGAGAGGGUUUGGAAGCAGUUGUCUUCAUUGGAGGUAUUGGUAUGUCGCAGCCUUUAACAUCUAUCCCUCUCUCGAUUGCAGGAGGGCUCUUAGUUGGCUCAAUUAUUGGGUAUAUCCUCUACCAGGGAGGUAACAAACUUUCGUUGCAGUACUUCUUGAUUUUCCUGACAUGCUUCCUCUACAUCGUGAGCGCAGGUCUCAUGAGCAGAGGGGUAUGGUUCUUGGAGUUGGAGUCAUACGUUAGAGCAUGUGGAGGUUUGGAUGUCAGUGAGACCGGCAGUGGUCCAGGCUCCUAUGACAUCGCCAAAAGUGUCUGGCACGUCAACUGCUGUAAUGGGUUGACUGACGGCUGGUGGAUGGUUUUCAAUGCCAUUUUUGGCUGGACCAACUCUGCUACCUAUGGCAGUGUAUUCUCCUACAUUGCCUACUGGUUGUUAGUGAUAAUCUGGUUGGAAGUCAGAUUGUACGAAGAAAGAGAAGGUGUUUUACCUUUGGUCCCUAUCAAGUGGCAAUUGAAGAGAAUUGCGAAGAAAGUGAAAUUAUACGAAACAAGACAGAAGCAACAACCACAAGUUGCUCAGGAACUUAGCUCAAACCACGCGGCGUCGUCGGAAGAUUUGAAUGAAAGGGAAGCCGAAGCAGAGGUUCUUUUGUCUUAG